AUUACAUGGAUCCCAGUCAGACAAAGUUGAAGAUACUUAAUAGCAAUUAAGACUUCCAAGUUUCCAAGCUUUACCAAUUCCCUAUAUAAGCUUUGCCAAAUUCAUGAAAGUCUUCCAAAGCAAAAAAACUAUCUCAUAAUUCAUUACCAUGGCAGCUGAUAUUACCAAACACCUGUAUGUUUAUUGUUGGGUUUCUUUUUGUGUCUUGUUUAUGUUUAUCAAACUAGCAAAAUCUGACAAUUAUAUUGUCCAUAUGGACAUCUCUGCCAUGCCCAAAGCUUUCUCUAACCAGCACACCUGGUAUUUGGCCACUCUUUCAUCUGUUUCAGCCAAAUCCAAAGCUGAAACCAACCCAACCACUCCUUUUUCUAAACUUAUCUAUACUUAUAACCAUGUUAUUCAAGGUUUUAGUGCUAGUCUCACACCCGCAGAGCUUGAGUCCUUGAAAAAUAGUCCGGGGUAUGUUUCAUCGGUUAAAGAUAGAGUUGUAAAGGUCGAUACAACACAUUCUUUCGAAUUCCUCGACUUGAAUUCUGGUACCGGUGCAUGGCCAGUGUCGAGCUUCGGCAAAGAUGUAAUCGUCGGGGUGAUUGAUACUGGGGUUUGGCCAGAAAGCGAAAGCUUUAAUGAUGAUGGGAUGAGUGAUGUUCCAUCAAGAUGGAAAGGGGAAUGUGAAAGUGGUACCCAAUUCAAUUCCUCAUUGUGCAAUAAAAAGCUUAUUGGUGCUCGGUUUUUCAAUAAAGGUCUGAUUGCUCAUAAUUCCAAUAUCACCAUCUCAAUGAAUUCCACGCGAGACACUGAAGGACAUGGUACCCAUACGUCCACAACUGUAGCUGGAACUUAUGUGAAAGAUGCAUCGUAUUUUGGCUAUGCACCGGGGACUGCUAGAGGAAUGGCACCAAUGGCUCGUGUAGCCAUGUAUAAAGCUCUAUGGGAAGAAGGAGCUUACACCACUGAUAUAAUUGCAGCCAUUGAUCAAGCUAUUACUGACGGUGUCGACGUUCUUUCAAUGUCAUUGGGCUUGGAUGGAGUCGACUUAUACGAAGACCCUAUCGCAAUAGCCACAUUUGCUGCCAUAGAGAAGAACAUUUUCGUUUCCACAUCUGCAGGCAAUGAAGGACCAGAUGUAGAGACUCUACACAAUGGUACACCUUGGGUUAUAACCGUAGCCGCCGGCACCAUGGACCGUGACUUCGGCGCAACCUUAAUCCUCAGUAACAAAGUGUCAAUCAAUGGCUUAGCUCAAUAUCCAGGGAAUUUCACAUCAACUGAAUUCCCAAUUGUUUUCAUGGACACAUGUAGUAACAAAACCGAAUUGAGCAAAAUCAAGCAGAAGAUCAUUGUGUGUCAAGAUCCAGGCAAGGAAGAUUCGCUCGACGAUCAAUUUAACAACAUUCUAGCCGCUGGUAACAUUGCCGCUGUCUUCAUAACGAAUAGCAGCAGUGUCGAUGUAUUCGUCCAAAGCCCAUUUCCAGCCAUUUUCUUGGUACAAAAAGAUGGUGACACAGUUGUGGAUUUCAUUAAAAGCAACACUGACCCAAAAGCCAGCAUUGUGUUUAAAAAAACAAUCCUUGGUAUUAAGCCAUCACCAAGGGUGACUAGCUAUACGUCUCGAGGUCCAUCCUAUAGUUGUCCACUGGUUUUAAAGCCUGAUAUUAUGGCACCUGGUGACUCAGUCCUCGCUGCAUGGCCUCCAAAUAUUGCAGCAGCUCGUGUAAAUCAAGACCUUGUGUUCACCAAUUUCAACUUAUUGUCGGGAACAUCCAUGGCAUGUCCCCAUGUUUCGGGUAUAGCAGCCCUUUUAAAAGCUGUUUAUCCUAAUUGGAGCCCUGCGGCAAUUCGAUCGGCUUUGAUGACAACAUCCGAUCAAAUCGAUAACACAGGUAGUCCGAUAAAGGAUAUAGGCGGAAAUCUCCGACCGGCUGAUCCUUUAGCCAUGGGAGCUGGUCAUGUUAACCCCAAUAAAGCUUUAAACCCCGGACUUAUAUACGAUGCUACGGUUCAAGAUUACGUUGAUCUCCUUUGUGGUCUAAAUUUCACACAACAACAAAUUAAAACCAUCACGAAAACAUCGUCAAACAACUGUUCCAACCCUUCUCUUGAUCUCAAUUACCCUUCUUUCAUAGCGUUUUUCAACGACAGGGGUGCGAAACCGAACUCAACGACAGUCGUGGAGUUUGGAAGAACUGUGACUAAUGUCGGAGAUGGAAGCUUUACAUACAAAGCAAAUGUGACACCUAUCAAUGGACUUAAGGUAAUAGUGGAACCAGACACAUUGGUUUUCAAGACAAAAUACGAGAAGAAAAGCUACAAGCUGAGCAUUGAAGGUCCAAAACAAUUGCAUAAAGCUGUGUUGUUUGGUUAUCUCACAUGGGAAGAUAGUGGAAAGGAACAUGUUGUUACAAGUCCAAUAGUUGCCACAAGCUACAAAAUUGAAAAAUGACAAAACUCCCAUUGUUUUUUCUUUAAAUUAUCUUAAUGUUUUUAUGGUAAUGAAUAAAGCAAUUAUAAAUGUUCAGCAAAAACAAAUUAUUAUUUUUUA